AUGGAGGAUCAGCCCGCUGGACUACGCCUUUUGGGAAUUGUUCUCUUCGCACCUGAAUCGUGCCUGUCGCAACUUCUGCAGAGCUUUCCGGAAGAAGAGGUUGCGGAGGUGGCGAAGGACCCGGCGCUGGGAUUCAAGCUCUUCCGUCAGGCCCUCCGUCGCUUCCGGCUGGCAGUAUCCAAGGGUGCGCCGAAGACGACGACGUUCCUGGGCAAGGCCCUGCCGCCAGCCGAAGACGAGGACCCCGCCAGGCUCCUCGAGAAGGCCUACAAGACCGACCCUGAGGAAGCCCUUGAACAGGUCCUGCGCUUCUAUCAGAGAACGUCCCUCGAGGAGGAGUCGAUCAAGAUCUGCGAGGCCGUGGCUUUGUUCCUCGGGCCGAAACGCCUGGACGACCGCUUCGGCUGUCAGGGCCUCACGGCCAUGCAUCUUGCGGCUCAGAAAGGCACAGUGCACAUCAUCAAAGUCCUCCUGAACCAUCGCGCAUCCAUGGAAAAGGCUGACUUUGAGCAGAGGACGCCCCUUCAUGCAGCGGCAAUGGCCGGGCAACUGAAAAGUCUGCAGUGUCUCUUGGAGGCCAAGGCAAGUGCUGCAGCUUGCGACAAG